AUGUUAAAGAGCUGGGAGACAGGACGGCAGGGCUGGAGGACAAAAUGGUGGCAUAUGAGGAGGCCCAAAACUCCAUGGCAGAAAAAUUAGACAGCCUUACAGAGAGAAUGGAGGCGCAGGAGGGGAAAACCGCUGACCUGGAAGACAGAGGCCGGAGGAACAACCUCCGCAUUAGAGGUAUAGCGGAAAAUAUAGGCCCGACAGAACUCACGGCCUACCUAGUGGGAUUGUUCAAAGCGCUCGCCCCUGAUGUGCCCCCUGACAUGUUCCUGAUGGACCGGGCUCACAGAGUGCCAAAACCCACCUUCUUACCACCUGAAACCCCUAGAGACGUGCUGCUGAGAAUGCAUUACUUUCACAUAAAGGAAGAGGUAAUGAGGGCAAACAGAACCAGAAAAAAAACGGACAUGCCGGCGGCAUACCAAGCAAUAGCGAUUUAUGCCGACAUAUCAGCAUACACACUUAGACGCAGGAAGGAAUUCGCGGGAAUCACGACGCAACUCCGCCAACAACAAAUACCAUACAGAUGGGGAUACCCGGUGAAGCUGAUCGUACAGAGAAAUGGACGACCAACUACGAUACAGAACCCGGACGAAGGAAUGAAAAUCCUCAGAACCUGGG